UAUUUAUAGACACAUAUUAUUGGAUUAGCUACUGAAUUUAGCUAAAGGAGUAGCUAAAUCCCAUGGAGUUCGAAACUCAAGAAGAUCAGAAAGAAAUUAAAGCAUCACCAAAUUAUAACUCAGUACUCGAAAUCUCCAACUCAACUAAUGAGCCCAAAAUGCCGAGUAAUUCCGACGAAUUGAUACUCGACGCGCCGCUGCAAAUGAGGAAACCGAAGUACAAAGAGUGUCUCAAGAACCAUGCCGUCGGUAUCGGUGGCCACGCCGUAGACGGCUGCGGCGAGUUCAUGCCUGCCGGAGAAGAUGGUACACUCGAUGCCCUCAAAUGCGCCGCCUGCAACUGCCACCGUAAUUUCCACCGGAAAGAGACGCAACUCCACCACCUACCCUACUAUGGAACCCCACCGUGUGGGUACGUUCAACAUGUCUUGCCACCGCAGAGACCUUUAGCCCUGCCGUCAACUUCUGGAGGAGGUGCUGGUGGUGGAUAUAGGGAGGAUCAAGAAGAGUUGUGCAACCCUAAUAACAGUGUGACAAAGAAGAGAUUUAGGACGAGAUUCAACCAAGAACAAAAGGAGAAAAUGCUGGAACUGGCUGAGAAAUUAGGGUGGCGAAUUCAGAGACAAGAUGAAGGAGUUGUGCAGCAGUUGUGUAAUGAGAUUUGUAUCAAAAGGCAUGUUUUCAAAGUUUGGAUGCAUAAUAACAAACUUACACUUGGUAAGAAAACCCUAAUACAAAGUACAAACCCUUAAUUAGUCCCAACUCAAGAAAGAAGCUGAAAAAGAAGAAGAAUAAGAUAAAACACCCAAAAAAAAAUAUUUUUAAGGUACUUUCAUUAUAGGGGUAAGGUCUGCGUACGUACUACCUUCUCCAGACUCCACUUGUAAGAAUAUAUUGGAUAUGUUGUUAUGUCGUUGUUUCUAGAAGAACAAGUAAAAAGAGUACGUCAGAAGAGGAAGACGAAAUUUAUUUGAGAUGCUGGUUGAGAGUGUUUUCUCCUUUCUGAGAAGUACUUCGUAAUUUUUUGGCCAAAGCUUUUGGUCUUUUCUUCUAUAGUUUCACUUGUUUUCUUGGAAAUAUAUAUCAAUAUAUGUUUAGGUGGGAAUGUUGAAUGCCUCAUUAUA